UGCACCAUGCAAGUUGCUGAAUUUGAGAGAGCUUCAGCUACUGAUGUUCGCAAUGGAGAUCGAUAACAUAAACGACAUUUACACUUUCCUUGUGGCCUGCUGUGGCCCUCGAUUGGAGAGGUUAUUUGUGCAGCUUCCGACAAGUAGUUGUCAGUAUAGGCCAGAGGAUGAACCAUCAGGAUCAGAAUCUGAGGAAAAUGGGUCAGUGGAAGAGCUAUCAGAGCAAGAAACAACGGAGGAAGAUGAGCUAGAGGAAGAGCUGUCAGAGGGAGAUGACCCAGAGGAAGAGCUGUUAGAGGGAGAUGACCUAGAGGAAGCGCUGUCAGAGGGAUUGAACACGAGGAAGAGUUGUCAGAGGGAGAGUCACCUGAAGAAAAUCAAUCACAGAAACAUGGGUCGAGGGAAGAGAUAUCUGAUGGAGGGCAAUCAGAGGAAGAGGCAAUAGAGGAUGGUGAUGGCUUUGAGAACCUUCUGUUGGUCAACAUGAUGAAUUUCAAGGGGCGCCACCAUGAGA